AUGCGAUCCUUCGCCGCUCUUCUCGUUCCCGCCCUUGCUGCGGCCAACCCCAUCGGAAUCAUCAGCAACGGUGACACUCCGUCCCCGGACUCAAUCACCAUCGUCUCCGCUUCCGCUAGUGGAAACGGUUGCCCCCAGGGAACCGUAACCACCGAUCUCUCCGUUGACCGAAAGGUCAUCACUUUCGGUUUCGAUGCCUUCCAGGUCUAUACCGGACCUGGCACCAAGCCUGCGGACAAGUCCAAGAACUGCCAGCUCCACUUGAACCUCAAGUACCCCGGUGGCUUCCAGUUCGCCGUCGUCGAGUCCACAUACCACGGUUACGCCCAGCUAGAGGAGGGUGUUACUGGUACCUUCUACUCCACCUACUAUUUCUCCCAAGAUGCCGCUGCUACCACCACGACACGAACCUCCAUCGACGGUGGCGGCCUCUGGGUCGACGGCCAAGUAUACACCAAGCAGGACCAAGUCCCAACCGCCUCCGUCAUCUGGUCGCCCUGCGGCGCCACCGGAAUUCUCAACGUUAACAACCGCAUUGCCUUAACGUCGAGCAACACCACCGCCUCCGGCCAGAUCUCCGACGACGAUGCCACCGUCGCUUUCACCCAGCAGGUCCACGUCAGCUGGCAAGCUUGCAAAUAG